AAUAUGAUGUGUUCCUAAAGGCCAAAGCCGCACACACUACACCGUUUCAUUAUUUCACACAGACGAACAACUAUUGAUCAAUCCAAUCGAAUCAAACUCACUUUCUCUUUCUUAAACCACAAAACCCUAACUCUCUUUUUCCGAUCAAUCUCCGACGAGAUGUCUUCCGCGAAAGAUGCCGAUCCAUCGCUGGGCUACCUGACUCGAAAAGACACAGAAGUGAAACUCCCACGGCCAACACGAGUUAAGAACAAAACACCAGCUCCAAUUCAAAUUACCGCCGAGCAAAUCCUCCGCGAAGCACGUGAACGUCAAGAAGCUGAAAUCCGACCUCCGAAGCAAAAGAUCACAGACUCAAGUGAACUAGCAGAUUACCGUCUCCGUAAAAGAAAAGAAUUCGAAGACCUGAUUAGACGCGUUCGAUGGAACAUUAGCGUUUGGAUAAAAUAUGCACAGUGGGAAGAGUCACAAAAGGAUUUUAAUCGAGCGAGGUCAGUUUGGGAACGUGCAUUAGAAGUUGAUUAUAGGAAUCAUACAUUAUGGUUAAAAUAUGCAGAAGUUGAAAUGAAAAAUAAAUUUAUUAAUCAUGCGAGAAAUGUGUGGGAUAGGGCAGUUACUUUAUUGCCUAGGGUUGAUCAGUUAUGGUAUAAGUAUAUUCAUAUGGAGACAAUGCUUGGUAAUGUAGCUGGUGCUAGACAAAUUUUUGAAAGAUGGAUGAGUUGGAUGCCAGAUCAGCAAGGAUGGAUUAGUUAUAUUAAUUUCGAGAAAAAGUAUAAUGAGAUUGAACGCGCCAGAGCUAUUUUCGAAAGGUUCGUACAAUGUCAUCCGAAAGUAAGUGCUUGGAUUAGGUAUGCUAAGUUUGAAAUGAAGAAUGGGGAGAUUGCCAAGGCGAGGAAUGUGUAUGAGAGGGCGGUAGAGAAGUUGGCUGAUGACGAGGAAGCAGAGGAGUUGUUUGUUGCUUUUGCAGAGUUUGAAGAGAAAUGUAAAGAGACGGACCGUGCAAGGUGUAUUUAUAAGUUUGCUUUGGAUCAUAUACCGAAAGGGAGAGCAGAGGAUUUGUAUAGGAAGUUCGUUGCGUUUGAGAAACAGUAUGGUGAUAAGGAAGGAAUUGAAGAUGCUAUUGUUGGAAAGAGGAGGUUUCAGUAUGAAGAUGAAGUGCGGAAGAAUCCAUUGAAUUAUGACUGUUGGUUUGAUUACAUUAGGUUAGAAGAGAGCGUUGGGAAUAAAGAGAGGAUUAGAGAGGUUUAUGAACGUGCAAUUGCAAAUGUGCCACCUGCUGAGGAAAAGAGAUACUGGCAGAGAUAUAUAUAUUUGUGGAUAAAUUAUGCUCUGUAUGAAGAACUCGAUGCAGGAGAUGUUGAGAGAACACGGGACGUUUAUAGGGAAUGUCUGAACCUAAUUCCACACAAGAAGUUUUCAUUUGCAAAGAUAUGGCUUUUAGCUGGCCAGUUUGAAAUACGGCAAUUGAAUCUCAAGGGUGCUCGCCAAAUUUUAGGCAAUGCCAUUGGUAAAGCUCCCAAAGAUAAGAUUUUUAAGAAAUAUAUUGAGAUAGAGCUGCAACUUGGUAAUAUUGAUCGCUGCCGAAAGCUUUAUGAGAAGUAUUUAGAGUGGGCACCAGAGAAUUGUUAUGCUUGGAGCAAAUAUGCAGAAUUGGAGAGAUCCUUGGCCGAAACGGACCGAGCACGAGCAAUUUUUGAGCUUGCAAUUGCACAACCAGCCUUGGACAUGCCAGAGUUAUUGUGGAAGGCAUAUAUUGAUUUUGAAAUAUCUGAAGGGGAAUAUGAUAGAACACGACAGCUUUAUGAGAGACUAUUGGAUCGAACAAAGCAUUUAAAGGUUUGGAUUAGUUAUGCUAAAUUUGAGGCAUCUGCAAUGGAAGAGGUUGUUCAGGGUACAGAGUCAGAAGAAGACCAGAAGAGGAAGUGUAUUCAAAAUGCAAGAAGGGUCUUUGAGAAAGCAGUUAACUACUUCAGAACGUCUGCACCUGAAUUAAAGGAGGAACGUGCUAUGCUUUUGGAAGAAUGGUUGAACACAGAGGCCAAUUUUGGCGAGUUAGGUGAUGUUAGCUUAGUCCAACCUAAGCUUCCUAAAAAACUCAAGAAGAGGAGGCCUAUUGCUUCAGAAGAUGGUCUUACUGGGCUGGAGGAAUAUAUAGAUUAUAUAUUCCCAGAAGAAACUCAGGCCCCAAAUCUAAAGAUCUUGGAAGCUGCAUAUCGCUGGAAGAAGCAAAAGGUGUCUACCGAAGAUUAAUGGCAUUCUGUUCUUUUGCAGGAUGAUUUAUUACAAAUGUGUAUAAUUAAAUUAAGUUGAUGUGGUACAUCGGUGAGAAUUUAGCUUGGCUGCACAUUUUUCUUUCGAGAAAUGGAUUGCACCAUGUUAGGAAUCUGUAUUUUGGAGGAAAACAAGGAAGAGAAAAUGCUGGGGAAAUCCGUCUUUGGACUCUUGUGUAUCAGACGGUUCGAAGUAUUGGAAACUAGUUGUAACAUGCAUUAAUGGUUGAGUUUAAUUUGUGCC